UGUUUAAUGAAGAGGUCAACUUUAUUUCUUGAUGUAUCUAUUACUAUUGAUUAUAAUCUCAUUGGCAAUUUUGCGAAUUGGUGGUUAACGAAGAGUUAAAUUUAAAUUUGCUACUCUUGCUAUAUAUUUUUAAUGAUGAUGAUAAACACAUUUACAAUCUGCCAAAGGAAAAAAAAAAUUAAGUCUAGCAUGAUAGAAGUCACAUACAAAUUUCAGUUGAUGAUCCAACGAGAUCUGACUGUAGUGGUGUUUGCAGUUUUAACCAUGAGUCUCCUUUACCUGGUUGAUUUUAUUUUUCUUAGGCUGUAGGACUGAUGUGCUCGUAGCAAGCUUGAAAGUAAAUUACGCCUAUUUCUUAGGCAUGAAGUGUAGUAACUAGUAAGUCUUGAAACCUGAUAAAUGGAGAAGCGAAGUUCGCCAAGAUUGGAAUGCAAACUUCCCCUUUGGGUGGAAAAUAAAUUUGUACUCCCCCAUUUGUAAACAUGCAUCAGCCUUUUUUAGAGGCAUCAUUGCUCCCAAUUUCUGCUUGUCUUGUUUACUUAACAAAACUAGAGUUCAGUUUUUCUAGUACUUUGAUGAUAAUGGAUAAGCUAGUGUCCCCUUUUGAUAUUGUGUGUCAUUUCCGCCAUUAUAACACUUUAUGCAGCUAAUCUGGUUAACUAUAGGAUAUAGGAUAAUGGUAUGUUUAGGCUGAUGAGUCCAUUAUGGUAUUAUGCUGUUGUUUUGUUUUCUUUGUUUUAUUUUUAGAAAUUUGUUCUUUAGUGUUUAAUUUAAGCACAUUUGCUUUGAUUUAUGGAAUUCUCCCAUUUGAUGCCUAGAUUGCCUACUUGUUGAGUAGUUGUUCUAUGUAAUGAAUUAAUGAUAUUUGAAAUCACUAACUCAAUCUAUGGUCUGAAAGCAACUGAAUUUGCAUGGUAUUUGAAAGACUGAAAUAUGUUGUAUUUACAUAUCGGGCUCGUGAUUCAUCACUCUUUUACCUUCGCUUGCCCUUUUACAGGGCCAAAAAACAACUUUCCAAGUUCACCCUUUAUCAAGACAAAAUCUGUGGAGGUUCAAUGAGAUGCCUAAAGUUGAGUCCAUUACUAUUUCCAUGACAUGGUUGUGUAUCAGAAUUGAAAACAUUGGUCUUUCUCCCCGCAAAUUAGGUCAGGCAAACCUUCAAGCGUUUCUUAACAGAGGCUUUAUUUCUUUGGAGAUCCUGUUUGAUGCGAUCAUCCCAUGUAUCAAAUAAUUGACUUCAUCACAUUGAGAAGCCACAAUUCAGGUUGUUUGAAUGACCAGAAAAAAUUGAGGUUGUUUGAAUGGCCUUAAAAAAUUGAGGUUGUUAUUCUCGUCAGGCAGCAAUUUGAAGAAUUUCUGGGUAGUUUAUCUUGAAUGGCUGAAGGAUGAGGUCAAAGCUGCAAGAAAACAAAAAGAGGGAGAAGCAACAACUGUCCAACUGCAACCCUUAUCAAGACAAUCUGUGGAGGUUCCAGUGUCCAGCACAUCAAAUGGUGAAUCAUUCAUACUUAAAAUGCCAAAUCUGAUGUUAAGGUGGUAAAAUCUUUAGAAAGAAUUGAAGAGGGGCCGCGCGAACGCAGGCCCCCACUAUCACAAAUUAUGACGUACACUCUUCCCUUUGGGAAGAUGUUAGGCAGGCACCCCUCCUAAAGUGCAAUGGAGGUCACCUACUUAGGCCAUGAGCCUUAAUGAUCGCUCAUUGACCCCGUCCAGGUUUGUACAGAUUUCCAUGCAUGCAGAUGGCUUGCCGAGCUCAGUGACAGGGAUGAAUGGAUGAUUCUCUUGCUCAGCACUCUGAUGCAAUGAAUGAAAAACAUGUUUGUUCCUUGGUUCAUCUUCUGUUUUGUUUAUCAGAGAAUCGUUUCGGGGACUGCAUGCCGAAGAAAUGUGGAAAUCUUAAUAUAAGUUAUCCUUUUUAUUUACAAAAUGAACAAAAAUCAUAUUGUGGGUAUCCUGGUUUUGAGGUAUCUUGCAGUAAAGAUGGACUUCUUUUGUUCAACAUACUCCCUCCGUCCCGGAAUACUCGACCCGGUUUGACCGGCACAGAGUUUAAGGGACUUGAAUUGACUUAUUUAAUUUAAUAGGUAGUAGUUGAUAGUGGGGUAUUAUUUUAAUGUAGUUAGUGGGAGGUGGGUUAAGAGGUGGGGUUGGGGGAGAGUAGGGGUUGAAUUUUUAAUUAUUUUUUGUAUGGAAUAGGGGGUAGGUAGGUUAAUAGGGGUGGAGUGAGAAAUAAUAUAAUAUUGUUAGAAUAUUUCCAUUUUUAGAAACAGGUCAAGUAUUAAGGGACGACCCGAUAAGGAAAAUAGGUCAACUAUUAGUAUCAAGGAACACCUACAUAAUAAGAAACAUUUCUUAUGAAAGCGACAAGUUUCAAGUUGUAAACUCUGCUGUAGCUGGUGAUGUUGUAGGUGGAACUGGUUGUUUCGAGUCGAUGAAGAAUCUGACUUUUGAUAACAAUUUAAUCGACUUUGCAUCAAAUUACGAUGAUAUAUUCGUGUUUCCGAAUUGUUCACAAAGGGUUGGGGGAGAAUAUGAGGACAAUAGAGUGAAAUGUGGAGGUAUAGCCAUGUAUAGGGAUGACUCAGGGCUAAUUGAUUUGAAGGAGAAGGGUUAUUUCAGUGCCUUAUAAUGAAGGGAGUUCGAAUGGAGGUAUCAUUGACACAUUGGGAAAAGGGUUUAUGCUAAAAUGGACUGCUUAUAAUUGCACCCACUGUUUAACAUCUGGGGGGCAGUGUGGAUUUGAUGCCAACAAUUUUCAGUUCAACUGUUACUGCCCUGAUAGAACUCAUGCUCUUCAUUGUGUUCAACUUGUAGAUGGUGAAAACAGACUGCCAGCUCCAAAUCAGGUAUAUAGUAUGCCAACAAUUUUAGUUGCAACUGGUUCGUCAUUGGGAGCUAUGAUUUUGAUUGCUUUUAUCAUCAUUAUAUAUGCAAAACAAAGGCGAAGGAAGAGAAAGUUUUCACUUCUAUGGACUAAAGGGACUAUGAUGAACCAAAAUGUGGAAGCUUUUCUGAAAAGUUAUGGAUCUCUUGCACCAAAAAGAUACACAUAUGCAGAGAUAAGGAAAAUGACCAACAACUUUGAAGAUAAACUUGGUGAAGGAGGCUUUGGUGCAGUUUACAAAGGAAAAUUACCUGAUAACAGCCGUUUUGUAGCUGUAAAAAAGCUGAACAAGUUGAAAGGAAACGGAGAUGAUUUGAACAACGAGGUAGUAAGCAUGGGUAGGACUAACCAUGUAAAUGUUGUAACCCUCUUAGGGUUCUGUUUCGAAGGAAACAAACGAGCUCUUAUCUUCGAGUUCUUCCCCAACGGGUCACUUGAAAAGUUCAUAGUUACUGCAGAAACUGAUCAUUCAUUGACAUCAGAGACAUUGUUCAGCAUUGCAGUUGGAAUUGCUAAGGGACUUGACUACUUGCAUAGAGGUUGUAACACGCGAAUUCUACACUUUGAUAUCAAGCCUCAUAAUAUUCUUCUUGAUGAAGAACUCCGUCCAAAGAUUUCAGAUUUCGGCCUUGCAAGACUGUGUCCUCCAAAUCGAAAGGAAAGUUUAAUAUCAAUGUCAGGAGCAAGAGGAACAAUUGGGUACAUUGCUCCAGAAGUUUUCUGUAGAAAUUUUGGAGGAGUUUCUCAUAAAUCAGAUGUUUAUAGCUAUGGAAUGAUGCUGUUGGAUAUGGUAUGUGGCCGAAACAACAUAGUUUCUGAAGCUAAGGGAAGCAGUGAAGUGUACUUUCCUGAAUGGAUAUAUAGUCAGCUCGAGAUUGAAGAUGAGCUUGAAAAUGACAUUGUGGUUCAUGGGAUGAUAAAGGAUGAUGAAGAGAAAGAGGUACGAAGAAAUUAAGAUGAUUUUGGUGGGACUAUGGUGUAUACAAUCAUAUCCUUAGAAUCGACCACCUAUGAACAGAGUUUUAGAAAUGCUGGAAAGUCCUCUUGAGUUACUACAAGUGCCUCCCAAGCCACACUUAUCUUCUCCCCCAACUUCUGCAUUCGGUUCUUCUACAACACCUGUGUUUAGCACAGAUUAGGUUUCUCAUCAUUAGUCAAAUCAACAAAUCUAGUGGAAAUAGUCCCACACUGAAUAUUUAAAAUGUAGUAUUCCUAUUUAUAAACCAGAGGAAACGAAUACAUAGCAUGACCUUACUUGAACAGGAUCUGUUCUAUAGUAUUCGUACCUCUGUAUCCUUCUCUUGCUUCCUAGAGCACUGUGCACCUUAAGAACAUUGUGAUUUCUUAUAACAAAAAAGUCAAACAUUAUAUUGCAUGUUCUUUUUGUGCACCAUGGUCCAUAGACCACGGAUUGGGCAUUAGGACCUGAGUGUCUGAUUUUCUACAACUUAAUCAAAAUUUCUCGAUUAAACAUGAUUUCAACAUUCUUUCUAUGAUAUUCAAAGAAUGGACACAAAAUGUCAGGGGUAAUAGAAGAGUGUACCUUAUUACCUUGUAUGAAAUGCUGCUCUGAAUCAAGUCUUAGAUGACAGCAGUAUGCCCAAUACAGAACACUGUAGUUGUCUGAAUAACACAAGGAAAUGCAGUAGGCUACAUAAUCUGUCCUUAUAAGUCGCAAUUUUUAAGAGCUACUUGA